AUGGUUGAUGAUUGUUCAUUUGUUGCAUCUCUAUGUGUUAGUGCUGAAUAUGAAAGAAGAUUUCAGAAACAGGUGGUUACUGGUUGUAUUUAUCCUCAAGAUGAUAAAGGUCGACCAAUUUAUAAUCCUAGUGGGAAAUAUGCAAUUAAACUAAUAUUCAUAGAUGAUUUACUCCCAAUCUCAAAUAAUGGUAAACCUUUGUAUACUUAUUCCAAAGGUAACGAUGAAUUAUGGCCAUGUAUCAUUGAAAAGGCUUACAUGAAGUUGAUGGGUGGAUAUGAUUUUUUGGGAUCUGCACUCACAGGAUGGAUACCUGAAAUAUUUUUGAUUGAAGAUGAAGAAUUUGAAAAAGAGCACACAUGGAAUAAAUUAUUAAAUGGACAAAGAAAUGGUCAUGCAUUGGUUACAAUAGCUACUGGUAAAGAAGAAUCAAAACUUAUAUGUGUUGGACUUUUUACUGCACAUUGUUAUGCAGUUUUAGACGUGCAAGAAAUUAAUGGAUUAAGACUAUUACGGGUGAAAAAUCCUUGGCAUAGUCAAAGAUGGAAUGGAAACUUUAGUCAUUUGGAUGGUGUAAAUUGGACUCCUUAUUUGAUGAAUAUACUGAAUUAUAAUCGUGCUAAAGCAAUCAAUGAUGAUGAUGGUUAUAAUCCACAAUUUAGUUUAAGAGUUGACAACAAAAAUAACAAACCUUCUGCUGUUUGUAUACUACUUUCGAAACAUAUAAAGGUCACCGAAGAAGAUGAGCGAUAUAUCACAUUUCAUUUGUUUAAUAAUACAAACGGGAAAAAAGUUUAUUAUCCUACUAAUCCACUCAAAAAGGUCAGAUUUGAUGCGCCAAAAGGUAAAAGCAAAUACACAGUUGUUGUAGGUCUAAAAGAUAAGUCGAAACCGCUGGAUUUUACUUUAAGGUGUUAUAGUGAAUCAUCAAUUAUAUUAAACGAAAUACCUAAACAAUACCCUAUCGAGUAUAAAAAAAAUGAUCAAUGGACGUCACAAACAGCAGGAGGUAAUCCGGGUAUCCCUACUUAUUUAAAUAAUCCACAAUAUCAAUCACAUGAUUUGUUUAUGAUACAGGUUGAAAUGAUUUGGAAUAAAGGCAAAAGAGUUACCAAUUAUUCUCUUAAAGAUAUUUUAGUGAAAUCUCAUGGUUACCGUCAAGGAUUUUGUUAUUGUGAAGUAGAUGAUGUGAAAUAUUAUACGAUUGUAGUUUCAGCAUAUACACCUAAUGAUAUUGGUGAAUUUACAUUGACUGUUGCAUCUAAUGUUGAAUUUAAAGUUACCUCCAUACCAAAUGAAGGAGCAGGAUUAUUUAAGGAAGUUAUUAAAGGACAAUGGAUUAGACUUCAAACUACCAACGUUACACCAAUACCCCCAAUAAACAUUAAAAUAUUUGAACAACGAGGUAAUAAUUUGUUUAGUAAAGAAGUUGCGACUUCAGGUGACUAUAUAGAUUCUCCACAGGGAGUUUGUACAGAUGAAAUCACUUUGCCACCAUAUAGUGAUGAAAUGUCAUAA